CUGGUGGAGCCCCAGGAACAGGUGGGCGGGUCAUAGCUUUAGCGCACUUUAGUUAUUUACUGUCUUAAAUCCACACAGUAUGGAAUAUAAUGAGCACAGUUUGACUCUGGACUGUUUAAUAAGCAUAUUUUCUUUUCUCGGUGAAGAUGAUUUAAUCCGAGUGUCGUGUGUUUGUAAGGAAUGGCAUGAAGCUGCAGAAACGCAGUGGUUAUGGAGAGAAAUGUGUCUGCAUCGCUGGGGUUUCUGUAACGUAGCCCAGCUGUUAUCAGACACGAGCUCUUACACAUGGAAGCGUUAUUAUCUCCAUCGCGCCGCACUGGAGCUGAACAUGAAGUCGGGGAGAUCAGGAGGAGAUUACAGCUGUAAGAGCCUGAGAGGACACACAGGUCGGAUUGUUGCGUUCUCGUACCUGAUGGGAAACAGCGCUUUACAUGACAUGUGGAACUUCACACCGAUCGUCUGCAGCGCCUCCACUGACGGAACACUCCGAGCCUGGGACAUUCAGAAGGGUGUUAAUCUGUGGUCGAGCUCCACCCAGAACCCGCUGACGCAUCUCAUCACAGACCCAGAGCAGGACGUCGUGAUCACGUCAGACAGCGCCGGGACGAUUAACACGUGGCAGGGACGAACGGGAGAGCAGCUGAGCUCCUUCUCCUCCGGCUCGUCUCAGUGCACGUUAAUGACGUUCAGCACGGAUGGAAACUCUUUCGUCAUGGUGGGAAUGGCUCUGGGAUCGCUCCUCGCCCUGACGUCACCACAGCUGUCUGAACUGUCCCGUCGUGUGGUGUGCGACUCGUUCAGUUUGAAUAUUCUCCUCUCAUCACCUGAUACGAAGUGGAUUCUCACUGCAUCCAAGGACAACUCCGAUUUCAGCCCAAAGGUUUUCAGCACUCGGAGUGUGUGUGGUCCUGUGGAAGACACUGAAGCAGUGUGUGUGAGUUUACCCAUCAGUGGCUGCGCAGCAGUUGCAUUUUUUCCCUCUCAGCCUGCACGAGUGGCCAUCGUUCACAGCACCAUGCCACUCAGCUCUCGUAAAACUCUCUCUGUGUUCGAGUUCAGCCUGAAGAAGUCCAGAUACAAGCAGGAGGCUCAGGCUCAGCAGGUUGAAUCUUUUGCGUUGGAUUUAAACUCUUGGCACUCAGACAUCGUUCUCCAGGCGAAAGGGAGCGGCAUGGUCCUGCUGACAGACGGGAACGAUUUGAAGGUCUACACUCUGAAAGGCGAGCUCCUGUCCAGCUUUAAGGAACAUUCCCAGCCCAUCACUUCUGUGUGUGUGAAUGAUUUCCGGGUGGUGACGGCAUCGCGGGAUUUGUCUUUGAGAGUGCUGACGUGGAGGAAGGAUGGCGAUAAAGGGUUAACUCUGGAGAGUCAGUAUCACCUGCUGGGUGGCUCUCACAACAUGUCCAGAGGAUUCACUGCGGUGGCGUGUGACUACGCGAGUAUCGUCGCCUCAGUGGAAGCUGUUAACGGGAAGGACGUCCUGAAGGCCUACAUCUUUCAUUCCUGAACAUGGAAUUUUAAUAAAUGAACAUUUCCACAAUAUCACUGUAUUAAAAUCACACUCACAGUGCUGCUUGUGCAACACUGUGCACUCUGAAAGUUUUAACAUUGUGCUUUAUUUUGAUCUUUUUUUUUUUUUUUAACUGUUCAGGUCAGAUGUUUAAUUUCUCCAAUAACUUGUGUUAAUCCAGUGAUUUGUUUUGUAGAAAUGCAGUACUGGUGUUCAUGGUUUGUUAAGGAUUUAUUGGAUGAUAAUAUCAAUAAACACUGCUGUAAAGCACAAA